AUGCCUUGUCAAAAUUGUGAGAACCCGGUUCGUAAUGAUGCGGAAGAUCCCCCGCCUCCCGGGCAGUCCAGGAGACAGAUGAGAGAGCAAGACAUCCAAUCUUUACAAAAUCAAGUACGAAUAGCCAAAGAGGGUCAGCAGCGCGCUGAACAAGAGGCCCAUGACCUUCAAGCACAAAUUAACCAGCAAAAUGGACAAAAUCAAGGGGUUGUUGGAGCAGGAUAA